AUGGCACUGGAUGAUGAUGAUGUGAAAAUCUGGUUUCAAAACAGACGAAUGAAGUGGAGAAAUUCCAAGGAAAGAGAACUGUUGUCAACAGGAGGCACUCGUGAGUCUACUCUCCCCAAUAAAAGUAACCCCAACCCUGACCUCAGCGAUGUGAGGGAGACGGACGAGUCCAAACACGGUCUUAUGGGGGUGGACAGCAUGUACAGAGAGCAAUCUGGAUCGCCCUCCGCCAGCCCCGUGUCCAGUAUACCAGCAAGUCCCGUCACGGCGGUUGGUCAAGAAUCUCUGAUGCACCACCAUCAUCCGGUGGCGCAUGCGCAAGAAGAGGAAAGUGACAUCGACUCCGACGAAGAAAUCACCGUGUCAUGA